UAUACCGGUUUUCACAAAUAACCGUGCAACGUUCAAAUGUUACUGUUGACAUUCAAUACUAAUCCGGACACCGAUACAGCUUCUGUUUACUUUUAUAUAUUAAACUAGUGCACUAACGACGAAUGGAUUCCUCUACAGGCUGUGUUGUCCUGGUAACAGGGGGGUCUGGAUUUUUAGGACAACAUAUCGUGGGACUACUUCAAGACCGUGCAGAUCACGUGACUGAAAUAAGAGUUCUUGAUGUCAUUCCAUAUGAAAAUAAACUUGAUUACGUUGAAAGAAAACCCGUUAAGCAGUAUGUCGGAAGCGUGACUGACAAAGACCUAGUAAUGAGAGCAUGUAAGGGUGUUGACUGUGUAAUGCACGUGGCAAGUAUAGUGGAUACAUCACUUAUUCCAGACGAAGAAAAGAGCUACAGGAUAAAUGUUAAAGGCACGGAAAACGUUAUAGCAGCAUGUUUAAAGAAUGGAGUAAAGCGUCUUAUAUACUGUAGUUCGGCAGAAGUUGUGACUGGGUCAAGAAACAUUUACGACGGUACUGAAGAAAAUACAGAUAUAGAAACUGAUCAGCUUUUCAAACCUUAUGGUCCAACAAAAAUAGAAGCCGAACGACUUGUGCUAGAAGCAAACAGCAGUCGUUUGAAAACGCUUUCUUUGCGGCCAGUUGUCAUGUAUGGCGAAUUAGAAUGGAGGUCAUUAGGCUUAACGGUGACUGGAUUCCUUGCAAAAACUUUUGGAUCUUACGUGCAAAUUAAUUGCGGAAAAGGACUUUCUGAACAUGUUUAUGUUGGAAAUGUUGCAUGGGGAUUCGUUUGUGCAGAAAUUAACCUCUAUCAAGACAAAGUCGACAAAGAAUCGAUAGGGAGAGCGUACUUUCUAGCCGAUGGUUCUCCUAGAACAAGCGUGUGUUCUUUCAUGGAAGAUGUUAUGAAUGAAAUUGGAUUGAAGCCCAUUGCAAUGCCCUUGCCAGUAUGGUUUUUCGUCAACUCAUUAUAUAUUUUGUAUUUGAUCCUUAGCGUCAUAUCAAUAGUAUAUAGAGUCAAUUUCUUUGUGGGAAUUCCACCUUUUCAGUGUUUAGAGAGAAUAUUUCUGUUUAGAUAUAAAAGUGCUACUGAAAAAUUGGGCUAUAUUCCAAUUUACAGCUAUGUGGAAGCCAAAACAAGAACGGUAAAUUAUUUCAACCCAUAUGUCACAUCAAAAGGUUAAGGGUAAAGUGACGUGAUGUGCCAUGUACUCAUUACGCGUUUAUAUGUUUUCAGUGCCAAUGACGGUAGUAAAACGCACCUGAUGGGCUAGAACAUUAUGCAAAAGAUAUACUCAAAUUUUAUAAGUUGAUUUCUUUCAUAUGUAUUUAUUUCAUUUUUAUUGUUUUUAUACUAAAUUCCUGCUUGUGGUAUUUGUACACGAGUUCAUAUUUUUGUGGGUUUUUUUUGUUUUAUAAAUAAAUAUAUUGGCCUUUUUUACAGUUUAAAUUUAAAAUUAUAGUUUUAAAACUAAAAAUGGUCGAAACUACAAAAGAAAUUGAUUGAAUUGUAAAAUAAAAAAGGUGUAUCUUUAAUAGGUCGUGAUCAAUCUCGUUAUUGAAAGUCUUGACUAAUUUUUCUUAUGCUCAAUUAAUUCUCUAAAAAAGACAUUUUAUUAAUGGAAAAUAUUGUAAUAAAUCGCACUGGUUUGGCGAAGAAUGACUAUUUUGUUGAUAGAAUAAUUAUGCGUAUGGCAAUCUUACAAUUUCCUUGAAUCCUUAUCUUAAAAACUGUGUUAAAAUGUUAUUAUGAUGAUCGAAGUGUAAACGGAGAGUUUUACUUCACACAAAUGAUGAAUUAUUGUCUUAAUCAUCAGACAAUCCUAUCGAUAUCCUAUAAUCAAUCAUGAUUGUACAGAAUUUUAUUAAUGAAAAUCUUGAUAUUCUCACAUAUUAUCAUAAGAAUGAUAUAAACAACAAUUGAAUAACAUAUUUAACCUUUAGGAAAGCUGGAGGCCGCUUUUAGAUUUUUUUAAUUACAUAAUUCAUAUUUUUAUUAUUGUCAUUUUCCUCCAAAUAGAUAAGUAGAAGCGUAUUGUGAAUUUUUGUGAAAUUUUGUUCAUCAUCUUUUACAACGAACCAAAGUGAUCAGUUGACAUUAUAGAAAUUAUAAGUCUUGAUCUCUCUCUCUAAGUACAUGAGCUUUGAGACUAUUUUAUUCGUUGUAUGUUGCAACGAGUUAAAGUGAUAAAAUAACAUUACACAUUUACAUAUGUAAUUUAUUUGAUUUCCUAGCACAUACUUAUCUAUUGAAAUAAAUGUAUUUUGAUUUA